AGCGUCCGCCGAGCGGCGGGAGGAGGGAGCGGCGCAGACAAAGAGCGGCGCCUGGGCGGGCGCGGCCGCCGCCCCGGGACCCGCGCCGCUGCCCUCCGGCCUCGGCGGGCGGCUGGCGGCAAGAUUUCAUGUUUCUUUUCUACAAAUGAUUUCCCAGAUCAUAGUUCUUUGCUGAGAUUUGAGCUGGCUUUGAAUAUUUGGAGAAUUCCUGCAGCUUCGUAACUUCAGAGGUGUAAUCAGCUGACAAAUUCACGUUUUGAGUUCUGUGUUUUGCCCGUCAUCUCUUGUAACUGAGCGCCAAAGGAGGACUCCAUGAAAGAUGACAGAAGAAGUCAUUGUUAUAGCAAAGUGGGACUACACGGCCCAACAGGACCAGGAGCUUGACAUCAAGAAAAAUGAGCGCCUGUGGCUGCUGGACGACUCCAAGACGUGGUGGCGGGUGAGAAACGCGGCCAACAGGACGGGCUACGUGCCAUCCAACUAUGUGGAAAGGAAGAACAGCCUGAAGAAGGGCUCCCUGGUGAAGAACCUGAAGGACACACUAGGCCUCGGCAAGACCAAGCGGAAGACGAGCGCGCGGGAUGCGUCCCCGACGCCCAGCACGGACGCUGAGUACCCCGCCAACGGGGGCGGCGCCGACCGCAUCUACGACCUCAACAUCCCCGCCUUCGUCAAGUUCGCCUAUGUGGCGGAGAGGGAGGAUGAGCUGUCCCUGGUGAAGGGGUCACGUGUCACCGUCAUGGAAAAGUGCAGCGACGGCUGGUGGCGCGGCAGCUACAAUGGGCAGAUCGGCUGGUUUCCCUCCAACUAUGUCCUGGAGGAGGUGGACGAGGCGGCCGCCGAGUCCCCCAGCUUCCUGAGCCUGCGCAAGGGCGCGUCCCUGAGCAACGGCCAGGGCGCCCGCAUUCUGCACGUGGUCCAGACGCUGUACCCCUUCAGCUCUGUCACUGAGGAGGAGCUCAACUUCGAGAAGGGAGAGACCAUGGAGGUGAUCGAGAAACCCGAGAACGACCCGGAGUGGUGGAAAUGCAAAAACGCCCGGGGGCAGGUCGGCCUUGUCCCCAAAAACUACGUGGUGGUCCUCAGCGACGGGCCCGCCCUGCCCCCAUCGCAGGUCCCACAGAUCAGCUACCCAGGGCCGGCAGGCAGCGGGCGCUUCGCGGGCAGAGAGUGGUACUACGGGAACGUGACACGCCACCAGGCCGAGUGCGCCCUCAACGAGCGGGGCCGCGAGGGCGACUUCCUCAUUAGGGACAGCGAGUCCUCGCCCAGUGACUUCUCCGUGUCUCUCAAAGCAUCAGGGAAGAACAAGCAUUUCAAGGUGCAGCUUGUGGACAAUGUGUACUGCAUCGGGCAGCGGCGGUUUCACACCAUGGACGAGUUGGUGGAACACUACAAAAAGGCCCCCAUCUUCACCAGCGAGCAUGGGGAGAAGCUCUACCUCGUCCGAGCGCUUCCGUGAUGCCCUCCCGGUAGCCCCUGCCACCUCCUGGCCUUGGUGCCACACUCACUUCCCCAGAGCCAAGCGGAUGGCCCCAAGAAGACGUGGUCGGUCACGGGCUGUCCAGCAGAGGGUCCACUCUGUCCAGUGGCUCAUCCCCUAUUGGCUUCCUUUACUGGUUGAUCUUUCUGUCCAGGUUGUUUGUUUCCAUCUUCCUCCCCUUCGCCAUCCCAGGUCCUCACUCCACGUUCAAGGCCACCCGGCUCCUGGCCAGUUUGAGAGGACGACAGGUGGAAGAGGGGCAAGUUUAUUCACUUUAUUCCUUCUUAGUUGGAAACAGCCUUAGUCUGUUCCACUUGUUCACGCUAUCAGCACCCCUCCGUAAGAAGACAUCGGGCACAGCCGGGAUGCACCAAAGCUGCCGUUGACAAGGGACCUGCAGCGCACUCCAGAGGUGGCGUCUCAGGAGUGCUCUGGGCUCUCGCAUACCAGGCAGCACAGGCGAGGGGCCCGGUGCCAGCAGCCCUUGUCUGUGUCCUCUGCCCUUACCUGGCUCCCAGACUCACCAAGGAGUCAGUGCGUGUGCUGGUGGCAAUCCUGGAACCACCAGGGCAGAUAGUGGGGAAGCUGUCCAGUGCCUUUGGGGCUGUGCUUGCAAUAAAGAAAGAAUUUCCUUGAAGGCCAGUCUGCAAGAGGGACCGGUGACUCAGAAAGACAGAUGUUUUGGUAAUUUACCCCCAAAUGUGCCAUCCGCCUAGUGCUUUUUCCUCUCGCCCUUUGGCUUGUUUAAAUUUCAUAAUUAUGUAUUUAAUUCUCAAAGUAAUAUGUAUCUGUAGCCAUUUGUUGACACUAAUACAGAUGAUUAAGGAAAACAGCUGAUCUUUGGAGAAGGGGAGUUACCAACACUUUACACACACACACACACACACA